CUGGGUCUGCGUCUGGGCUGUGUUGACUCGCUCCUCUCUGGAUGCCUUGGAAGAGCUGGUGGACAGCUGAGAGCUGCUAGCUGUCAGCAGAACUUUGGUUGUUUUUCAGCCACCGGCUGUACUUGGGACCAUAUCUGCUGACAUCUGGCAACAUUUUUUGAUGGAGCAGUCAAGAUCAUCUUAACGAUUUCUUGUUCUGAUACCCUCUUAAUUGGAGAUUUGACCCUGGUCAAUGUAUAUAGCACUUACCUCAACUCCAACAGAAAUGAAUGCCAACAGUAUGCCUAAACAAGUUGAGGUGAGGAUGCACGAGAGUCACCUGGAGCCCAUUGAGGCCAGGCCUCAGUCCAAAUGUGCCACAAUCUGCUCCAAGCUGUUCAAGAACCUUCUGCUCACACUCACCGUCCUUGGUGUGAUCUUGGGAGCUGUAUCAGGGAUGUUGCUUCGCGUUGCCUCCCCGAUUCACCCAGAUAUCAUCAUGGUGAUUGCUUUUCCUGGAGACAUCCUGAUGAGGAUGCUGAAGAUGUUGAUCCUGCCACUCAUCAUCUCCAGUUUAAUCACAGGUCUGGCUGGUUUGGAUGCCAAAUCCAGUGGUCGCCUGGGCACUAGAGCUAUGGUCUACUACAUGUCCACCACUAUUAUUGCUGCUAUCCUGGGAGUCAUCCUGGUGUUAGUCAUCCACCCCGGCAACCCCAAACUGAAGGAGAAUCUGGGCCAAGGCGAGAAAAAUGAUGACGUGUCCAGCUUGGAUGCCUUCUUUGAUCUGAUCAGGAACUUAUUCCCAGAGAACCUGGUGCAGGCUUGUUUCGAACAGAUCCAGACAGUCACAAAGAAGGUAGAGGUGGCUAUUGAGGAGGAUGUCAAUGCCACCACCAUGGAGGGUCUGGUGGCUAACAUUACCAAGGAGCCUCAGUUCCUCAUCAAAAAGUCUCUGCAGUUCAAAAGUGGCAUGAAUGUACUGGGUCUGAUUGGUUUCUUUAUUGCAUUUGGCAUCUGCAUGGGCAAGAUGGGAGAGAGGGCCAGACUCAUGAUUGAAUUCUUCAACAUCCUCAAUGAGAUUGUGAUGAAACUUGUCAUCAUGAUCAUGUGGUACUCUCCCUUCGGUAUUGCCUGUCUCAUCUGUGGUAAGAUCAUCUCCAUCAAGGACCUGGAAGUGGUGGCCAGGCAGCUGGGAAUGUAUAUGGUGACUGUGAUUAUCGGCCUCAUCAUCCACGGAGCAAUCUUCCUGCCCAGCAUCUACUUUGUUAUCGUCAGGAAAAACCCCUUCACCUUCUUCCUGGGCAUCUUCCAGGCCUGGAUCACUGCCCUGGGGACAGCCUCCAGUGCUGGUACACUGCCUGUAACCUUCCGUUGUCUGGAGGAGAACUUGGGUAUUGACAAAAGAGUCACUCGUUUUGUGCUCCCAGUUGGUGCCACCAUCAACAUGGACGGAACUGCUCUGUAUGAGGCUGUUGCAGCCAUCUUCAUUGCCCAAAUGAACGGCAUCCACCUCGACCCUGGUCAGAUUGUCACCGUCAGUUUGACAGCUACCCUCGCCAGUGUUGGAGCAGCCAGUAUUCCCAGUGCCGGCCUGGUGACUAUGCUCUUGAUCCUGACUGCUGUAGGCCUGCCAACCCAAGACAUCAGUCUUUUGGUUGCUGUCGACUGGCUGUUGGAUCGAUUCAGGACCUCAGUGAAUGUGGUGGGUGACUCCUACGGUGCAGGCAUCGUGUACCACAUGUCCAAGGCGGAGCUUGACGAGCUGGACGCGCAUGCAGCUAAAUCAGAUGACAUUGAAAUGAUGACGAAGACCCAAUCUUAUUACGAUGACAUGAAGAACCACCACGAAAACAAUUCCAACCAGUAACCUCAGCCACUAACGGCUCUGCUGCGGAGUGCACGCUUGUUGAGGAGGAACCAUGGAAACAUGAAUAAUGGCAGCACAGAGAUCCCCUGCUCCUGGGCUCCACAAGCUUUCCUAUCUGGUGAAAGAGUGAAUGAAAAAAAAGUCACACGAACAGAACUACUAAUUGUUUUUUAUGUAGUUUAGUUUCUUUUCUUUUUUAUUAGUCCCUUUAAAGGUUUUUGUAACUGUCUAUCUGACUGAUAUAUAAUACUAAUUCACUUAACCGUGAAAUGAUAAGAGGUAUACCUUUACCUGUUAGAGCACAAUUAUGUCCUAUAUAGCAGAUACUUGCACAACAUACUUCAAGGCUUGGGGAGGGAAGGAAGAGAAAAAAGUUAGAUAAGCUAUUCCUAGCAAUACAUCUUUGUUCUACAUUUAUAAGAUGAGAGAAGAAGUAGCUGUAUAAUGGGAUGCACUGAGAACAUCUUCCAGGUUUCCUAGUUAUAUAAAUACAGGUGAUUCAUUAUUCUAAUGCCAGAAGAGGAGUGGGAGUUAAUUAAUCGUGAAAACCAAUGUAAUGUUUGUACUGAACAUCCUUGCUUUACAUCCCUGUCAGUACCAUCACAAUGUGUGCAUUAGGCCACCGCUCUUCCUUUGCUCUCAUCUACUGUAAGAACAUCACUUCUUAUUCUUAAACUGUCAGAGCAUUUAAAGUGCACCUGACUGCUGAUUGCAUUGCCCAAUAUUACCCACUAUCCCUGAGGUCCAGCAAACUGAUGAAAGGGUAGGAGGCAGGGAGAACAAUAGUGAACAGGAAAACCUACAAGCACAGUCGCCCUGGGAUUAUAAAGCACAAAUCAUGCCAUGGAGCCCAUUUUUUCCCCUUUGUGUUUUUUUUCUUUUGUCUACUGUAAAAAAGGGACUUUUUUCUUUGUGUCACCUACUGAGUGAGAUAUAAAACUUGUUUGUGUGUUUGUGUGUGAUAGAGAGAGAGAGAGAGCUAGGUUAAGAACAUGACCAAGUCAAUUAUAGGGACCAAACAGGCAGAAAAUCAAUCAACUCACAGAGGCCUUUGAACUGCCUCCAUAACGUCACUCUCAAGACAGUUUUCAGUUUUCUUUCCUCCUGUCCAUUUAUAACUGAAUGGCACAGCAGUUGAUAUCACCACCUUUUCUGAUGAAGCCUCAAAACUUAAAUGAAAGAAUGUCACUGCCCUAAAUAUGAAACUUUACAUUCCUCCUCCAAAAAAGUAACUGUAAUGCCAGUGAAAUUUAAAAAAAGAUUUGCAUCAAAAUUAUUAUUGUAAAAACAAACAAUAAUUAUUAAUUGCCAUAUCUGGGUAAAUUAAGACACAAAAAAAGAUAUAUAGAGCACAAACAGAGUGAUAGAGCACAAAUAAAGCCAAAAUGUCAGUGAGGAUAAUUUCCAGUCAGAGGCAUAAUCAAAGUCAUGCACAUUAUCCUUCCAUGUUGACACUGAUCGUAUACCAAGUUUAAAAAACGAUUUUAAAAAUACAAUAAUGGAACAGGAACAGAUACUCAGGCUUGUAUGUUUACUAUUUUACAGGGAAAAAAAUUUUGUAAUCCUAAAAUGUUUACCUGCUCACUAGAGCUUCAAGAAAAAGGCCUCAUAACAGCACAACUUUUGAAAGCUUUGACUCUGAACAGUGACAGUUCACUGCAAAGGUCUUUGAUGAAAGAUAGUGAUUUUAUAAUAUGAUGAUAUGCUGGGAAGCACAUAUAGGAAGCACACAAAUAUAUUUAAGACAACAUUCCAGUGGUUGAAUGAUCCUCAACCUGCGUACUAUUUGUACACUUACGUUAUUACUGAACACAGAGUACACAAAGUAAACCACUAGAAACAUUUAAAAAAAGAAACGGAGGAAGAAGUAGCACAGCACUCAGCUGUCAGAUGGAUUCUUGGCUUGCACAAACAGAGACAGAUCAUUGAUAUAACACUCUUGCUUGCCAGCUUCUUGUUUAGCCAGACCUUAAAAGGUAAACAACAAUAUAUUUUAGCCACCAGAGCUCAAGACUGUUUCUACAAACCCUAGAUGCUGCAGCUGUGUGUCCACAUUGGUGCAAGACGUUUUAGGAAACUUAGAACAGAACAAUGGACACUUCACAUGCAUUAUGCCAGAAUGUUGCUAUCUAUCAGGUAAAAAAAAUCCUCUCAUAGAACCAAAUGGCUUAAAAAGAUCUGCAAAUACAAACAAAGCUGGGCUACUGGCUGUUAAUCUUUUUUUAGCCUGUGCGAGUGAGAGGUGAGACUUCUGCGUUGUGGGUGUGAUUUCUUUAUCAGUAAUGUGUCCUUCUCUCCUGUCUUGUUUCUUUUCAUUUCAUUAAAGACAACCUUGCCUUGGAGGUGUUCACUUCAAACAAAUGCCAAUUUAAGUAACACUAGGAAAAUUAACAAAACACUUAGUACGACACUCUGUCUUUUAGUUCCUGAAACACACUCUCAGAAGAGGUCUUUGAUUUUUUUAAGCUCGGCUAACAGAAGUGUGCUGUGACACAACAUAGAGCACAUUUGGUGUUCUCCUGUAAACACUGCACAUACUGAUACACACAAAAAACAAGCAUGCACACAUUUUUAGCACACGCACAAACACUCUUAGACCUUGAAGGUCACUAAAUUUCUAACUGUAAUCAGCAAGCUGCAGAACACAGCACUGACACCCUGAGAAGCCCCUUGAGUCUGAUCUUUUGACCUUGUGAUCUUCAGAAAAAAAAAAUCCUCUCCAGUAAGGAGACAAUGCAGACCAUAUGUCAAUGAUGGGGAUUGAGUGUUGAACCACUAUUAUGUUCAAACUCAUGGUUUUAGAAGCAUGAAUAAAAUAAAAUGAUAAUUAUUUUUUUGCACCACUAUCUUAAAAGCAUGAUAUUUUGAAGUGCCUCAUUGCACUUUGUGUAUAUAUUGUAGGUAACAGAUUUUUUUUUUUUUUGUUCCUUUUGCUUUCUUUUCAGGGGUGGGCGUGGGAAUGGUAUGUAGGAAUAUAGUUUCAUUGCUGUGACAUUUUUAAUGUAAUCCUCUAGGAAAAAAAAAUAUCAUAUGUCCUGAGUAAAAUUAGAUUAGACAAAAUGUAUAGAGAGGAAAUCGUGUAAUAAAUUGCUUGUUUUUUUAUUCUCUAAUAGCUGUUAACUAGUUGUUUUACUUACCUGUCACACACCAAUAUAUAAAUAUCUUUUUUUUUAAUCUAAUGUAAGCAUUCUGAAUGUUUGUUCCAUGAAGAUAUAAGAAGUGUGCAUUCAUUUUCAUUGUACAUAAAUAAAUAUAUAAUUGUUCUGUUCAGUGGCAAUGCAGAAUUUUCUGGAAAUUACAGUGGUCCUGAAGCAAACAGGUUUGCAUUUAUAAGAGAAAGAAAGAGAGUGAGAAAGAGAGAGAAAGAGCGAGGGGAAGUUUCUGGUUUAAAAAAGGGGGCCAACAUGAGUUAUUUUGGCUGGAAUUACUGUGAUAAAAGUUGCAGAAAAGAGAGACAAAUAAAGGUAAAGCUCAAUUUUGCCCUGUAUGUAGGAUAGAGUGAGAAAUCAAACAGUCUAGGAGUUGAUUUGAGUGGAAGAACAAAUACUCAGCUGCCUGUUAACAGUAGAGCAACCUUCCUCAGGUGACUCAUCUGAACCAUUUUGUCUUUUCAAUGGCGAAAACUGGCUUUAGUCUCAGGCAUCUUUGUUUACCUGGUGCAUGUGUUUAUUAAAGCUGCAAGAAAUGGAUAUCUAGAUCUUUUAGAUUCUUUGUUACCCUGUCUACAUGCCACAUCUUCACAUAUCUGACCUCUGAUGUGCCACCAACAUCAUGGAGGAUUAUUGAAAUCCCACUCUGUAAACUACAUUUACUCCACUUGCCUUUUUUGCUUUCUACACAGAAACUUUAUGCACGCACAAACACCUGGAACUUGCUGAGCUAUAUGGUACUGAUUGAAUGGAAAGCUAUUGACACAGUAUUUCAACCAAGAGACAGUAUAUCUUUAAGCUUGUCCUUUUCUACUGAAAUGUGUCUUUUUGAAGAAACUCCUAAACAGAGCUGAUAACCUGUCUCACUCCUGCCUACGACGUGCUUUCCUGAUCUUACUUUUCUAGGCCUUCCCUCUUUGUAAAGCUGUUGUAAUUUUGAUGUAAAGGCAGAGCGUAUGUGUGGGGGAGAAAAAAAAGACAAAAAAAA